AUGAGAUACUCGCAACUUGGCUUGCUGGUGCUCGUGCUUGUGGCCCUGGCAUCCCCAAUCGCAUUGGCCAGCAUUUCGCCAAGCAUCGCCUCGGUCACCCCCUCUGCCGAAGUGAGCACCUCCAUCGAAGUGAGCUUGACAGAUAGCUCACAGCCCAUUGAGAGCUCCUCGCCCAUUGAGAGCUCCUCGCCCGUUGCGAGCUCGACAGUUAUUCCAAGCCCGACAUUCGUCUCAAACCAAACUUCAGCAUCGCGUGCUUCGGCCUCUUCAGCAUCGGUUGCGAGCCGUAAUUUGGCCACGUCCGCAUCGAUCGCAAGCGGUUAUUUGGCCACGUCCGCGUCGAUUGCAAGCGGUCAUUUGGCGACUUCAGCAUCAGUUGCCUCGGCAGCUGCCGCAUCGAUCGCUUCGGCAUCUUCAGCAUCCCUUGCUUCGGAAUUUACGGCAUCGAGCUCCGCUGCGGACGAUGCGAACUCUACGGUCAGUGCUAGCUCCACGGCUGCUAGCUCCACGGCAGAAGCAAACUCUACGGUCACUGCUACGGCAGAAGCAAACUCAACGGUCACUCCCAGCUCGGUCACUCCCAGCUCCGUCACUCCCAGCUCCAAAACUCUCACGACUACAGCCUCGUACAGCCCUUCCGUGUCGAGCUCCCCGACUGGCAGCUCUGGAAACGAAACCAUCCCCACCGGUCCCUUCACUUGCAAUGGCAACAGCCAGCACUUUUGCGGCUACGCUUGCCCGUUCCAGAAUGCCACACUCUGCAACUUUAUGAGCCAACGCUGCAACUUCCCCUCUGGAACGGCCUUGUCGUCGGAAUGCACGCAAGCUAUCACCACGUUCUGCCAGAACAACGCCACCGCUGCUGGCUGCUGCAACUCGACCACUCCGCUCCGUUGCAACACUGACCGGUCUCUCUGCGUCUCCAACAUGACGACCUGCCCACUUGCGACCACAAUGACUUCUGGGUGCUACGAUACUGCAUUCGUCUGCCCGGUCGGCACUCAAUGUGCAGGCCAACUCGACUGUGGCAACGGCGUCUGUGUGCCUUCGGGCUCGAAAUGUCCCACUGGCAGUCUGUGCGCCGGCGGCUAUCGCUGUGGCACGCUGGGCGACACUUGCACUCGAACGUUGGGUCAGUGUGCUCCAAUUGAUCGUGGCUCCUCCUCGGCGGUCAACAUUACCAACUUCCCGAACGCUGCUAUCGAGUUCCCUGGCCUCAACUUGAAUACCAUUUGCGGGCAAAUCGUUGCUGAUUAUGUGCUUCGCAUGCGCACCAGCUGCGUCUUCUCCUCCAUCUCCGUCUGCCAGACUUGCAAGCCAUUCCUGGACAAUGUUGUCGUUCAAGCCUACAGCACGCUGGACGCGUGCCAGACCGAGGACCCGGAUUCGUACACCUGGUGGGCCAAUGCUGCGUCAACCACCCAAUCCCAAUUUGCUGCGCUGGGAUGCGGGGCAGCCACUGCGAGCGACAACUUUGAGGUUAGCCCUGGCCCCGGGUUUGUCUCGGUUCGCUGGUCUCGACUCAAGGACGGCAACCUCGCUCCCUUCUCGUACAGUGCCGAGGUCGCGCCUUCCAGCAAUCCCACCGCCCGAGUGACAUCCUCGGUUCGACCCUUUAUUCUGUCCGACGCGUCCAAUCAGACCUUGAGCGCUGUCAUUCGCGGCACUUUUGUUGCUGGCCAGGCCUAUGUCUUGCGGUUCCGCACUACACGCGGCUCGAGUGUGACUGUCAGCAACCCGUACUUUGUGACGAUGCCUGUUGGCUCAAAUUCCACCUUCCUCAACUUUGCAGAGAACUGGCUCGACUACCCCAAUGCUGUCGUUUACCUGGAGGCAGCUGAUCGCCUUGAGCUUUCAUCCAUCAUUGGCGGAGCGAAUGUCUGUGGCGGCACUGGGUCUGGCUUUUGCAUUCAUGGCGUUACGACGUCCUGGUCUGUCACUGGAUUCAAUGCUUCCCUCUCGACGCUCGCCUCACUGCAACUUGAAGCAAGCCAGCUGCCCGUUGCGACCGUGCUCACGGCGACUGUGACUGCCACAUUCUACACGUCUACAUCGAAUGUCUCGUCUACUCUGAACAAGUCCAUCGACUUCCUUGUUCGAGCCCCCCGCAGCGACGCUAGCUGCAUCAUUGAUGGAAGCGACUCUGGCAUCUUCAUGCAGGACGUGUUUUCGUUGCAAUGCCCGCCAAGCGUGACGGACAUGGGUCGCCUGUUCUUCUCACGGCCCCAGUCUUCCAGCGGCACAUCGGAUGGCACUUCCUUCUUCCCAAAGGCGUCUGCGCAAGCCGGACUCUUCUACAUUGACUCGUUGCCGCCGGGCACCAUGCUGGUGACCAUCCGCUCAUCCUCGCCGUUCGGUGGCCAGUUCUCCCAGACUCUGGUCUUCACCGUCACUCCUCCCGGCAAUCUGAACACGGAUUCGGCCGCGCGUGAGGUUGUCUUGAAUCAAGCCCAGAGUGUUUUCAACUCGGAUCAGUCGCGCUCGGGUAUUGCCCUUGCAUCGACGCUUGUCAACGCCAUCGCCGAUGCUGGUACUGGCGCGGACACGAGCAGUCGCCGAGAGAUUCGCUCGCAGCUGAUCACUGGUGCUGUGGCUAUCGUCGAUGCCACCCAAGCGGAGACUGCGGAUGCCGUCACGCCGCAAGAUUUGACCGACACUCUCGGUUUGUUCUUUGAGCUGACGCGCUUCCCGAACGAGCUCACUACAGAGGGUCUGGGCACCGCUCUCGGAGCCCUUCGUAUUGUUGCGGGUCUGUUGCGCACGGUUGGUAUCGAGGAGGCCGCAAAAGUCAACUUGGCUGCGACGCUCGGCUCGCUGCUGCGCGCCAUUCCGUUGCUGCAAACGGGCAACAAUUCCCCUGCGUCGCGCGAAUUCUCGGCGCUGGCGUUCGAUGUGCUGCAACGUCUUGGCUCGGCUGCCCGUGCCAAUCGUGCUCCUGGCGAUGUUGACGUGAUCGAGACCCACGAUAUCGUCAUUCGCAACGAAAACCGCGACUCAAACAACCUUGGCGCAUCGCCCAUUUCUCGAAAUGCCGGCGCCAACUUUACCGUGCCUUCGUACGCUGCAGGCUCAGCCCCUGUGGUUGGUGUCGAGUACGUCCACCACUUGAACAACCCGUUCGCUUACGACAAUGCGACCAACGAGCAAGCCUCAGACACCUUCUCGCUGCGCCUCACUGACGCCGAUGGCAAUGAGAUUUCUGUGGGCAAUCUGGAUCCGAACAAUCCGAUUCUGAUUGGAAUCCCCGUCCUCCGUCCUCUGGUCAAUCCCAACAAUACGCUUGUGUGCAUGUUCCGCAACGAAACCACGGGCAAGUUUUCGCACAAGGGCUGCUCGGUUGUCUCGAACGGUACCGAUUCCCUUCUGUGCAAUUGCACGCAUUUGACUGCGUUUGCCAUUUUCGAAAUCAAUCCGAUCGACUUUGACGAUGUUGCUCGGCACCUGAGCGACCGUAUUGCCGAGCGCCCGUGGCUGGUAGUCUUCUUGGCCGCAAUUGUCUUUGUCUACCUGUUCAUUCUGCUGCCGUUUGCCAUUCGGAAUGACCGUCGCGUCAAGCGCGAUCUGUUGGACGCGUCGUCCAAGCUCGGUAGUGUGCUCGACAAGGAAUUUGCGCAAGACGAUGCUGUGGCCGAGAUUUUGAACAUUUCUUCCGGUGGCAAGGAUGACAAGACGCCAAUCAUGCCUUUCAAAGAGCGGCUGGUGCUCAACAUGAAGAAUCGCCACAUCUAUCUCUCCAUCUUUGUCAAGAGGCAUCUGGAUCGAAACUUUUCGCAUGUGGCGCGUGCCACUGUUGGCACAACGACCUUGCUGAUGUGCAUGGGCCUCAACACGCUCAUUUACAACCAGAUGAGCUUUGAAACCGAGUCGCUUGCCAUCAGCAUUGUGAACGGCAUCAUCUCGACGUUCAUCAUCUUCCCUCUCUCGACCUUGAUCAUUGAGCUCUUCCGCCACUCGUUCCGAUACCCGACCCAGGUGCGCACAACGAUGGCCAACCUGGAGAGCGCCAUGGAGCUCUCCUCGAUCUCCUCGGUGGGCAACUUUGGCUACGACGAAAAGCCCGCUUCCAAGCCUCGCAAACGCUCUCUCGCCGACCGUUGGAGCGCGUGGCGUAUUCCCCACGCCUGGCAAUAUGUGGCCUAUUUCUUGUGCUUUGUCUUCAGCGCGACUGGCAUCUUUUUGACUGUUUUCUGGGCGUUCAGUGAAACCUUUGACGACGACGACGUCUACCGCAUGUGGUUUAUCUCUGCGUGUGUGUCCAUCAUUCAGUCAGUCCUGAUCUCGUCCACGGUGAAGGUGUUCAUCAUGACUGCCAUCCUGACGUGGGUGGAUCAUUGCCGCCACCGCAUGAACCGCAAGAACAGCCAGGCCAAGUGA